AGAAACUACAGUGUCACGCCGACAGAUCGCAACAUCCACAAUGGAACUUUCUUAUCAAUCUAUCAGAACCGCGAAUCAAGCAAGAGAGGCGGAUGAAAUGAGAGCAGAGUCCAGAAGAAGACAUCUACUCAUAUUAAUCUUUCAUCAUUUAAUGGAGGCAGGGUACAUGGAUGCUGCCAGUGCUCUGGAACAGGAUACCAAUGUCUGCUUCCGGCGGUUUGAAGUGUGUGACAAUAUAGACCUGGACACUGUGUUGAUGGAGUAUGAGAGUUACUACUUCAUCAAGUUCCAGAGAUAUCCCAAACUAACCAAGAAACUGCCAGAACCAGUUGAAAGUAGGCAUGCAAGAAGUUGUGGAAAAAAGAGGAUCCCCAGCACUGGAGGUCAGCCCCUGCCCAGAAUAAACUCCUCCCACAGACCCCCCUCCAGGGGUGGAGUCAAGAAGACAGAACCCAAGAUGGUGGUCAAGGACGCCAGUAAAGCUGUUGGUGAGAACGGUGGGCGCUCCUCUCCUCCAGAGCCGACAGAGUUCGGCCUGAAUGUUUCUCCCAUCAUCAGGACCGGAGCAGGAGAAGGACAGAUGAAGAAGGGUCAGCUGAUUGACUGCAGAGGCCUUAUCCAGGAUGCAUCCAACAGUCUGUCAGAACCCAUGGAGCCUCUUCUGAAACCCCUCAGCGCCUUCAUUGGGAUGAACAGUGAGAUGAGAGAUCUGGCUGCUGUUAUUAGCAGGGACAUCUAUUUACAGAACCCCGCUGUGCGCUGGGAUGACAUUAUAGGCCUGCAGGCCGCCAAGCGAUUGGUCAAAGAGGCUGUCGUCUACCCUAUUAAGUAUCCACAGCUAUUCACUGGCAUCCUGUCUCCAUGGAAAGGUCUGCUGUUAUACGGACCUCCAGGUACAGGUAAGACACUGCUGGCCAAGGCUGUAGCCACAGAGUGUAACACCACCUUCUUCAACAUCUCAGCCUCCAGCAUUGUCAGCAAGUGGAGAGGAGACUCUGAGAAGCUGGUCAGGGUGUUGUUUGAGCUGGCUCGCUACCACGCCCCUUCCACCAUUUUCCUGGAUGAACUGGAGUCAGUUAUGAGCCAGAGAGGGACUGGAGGAGGAGGAGAGCACGAGGGCAGCAGAAGGAUGAAGACAGAGCUUUUGGUCCAGAUGGAUGGACUGGCCCGAUCUGAUGAUCUGGUUUUUGUCCUGGCAGCAUCUAACCUUCCCUGGGAGCUGGAUCAUGCCAUGCUGAGACGUCUGGAGAAAAGGAUUCUGGUUGGCCUUCCCUCUGGCAAUGCCCGACAGGCCAUGGUCUCUCAUUGGCUGCCUCCACUCAGCUGCACUGGAGGGGUGGAGCUACGCACCGAGCUGGACUAUAAGAUGAUUGCACAGGCGACGGAAGGAUACUCUGGCUCUGAUAUCAGGCUGGUGUGUAAAGAAGCAGCCAUGAGACCAGUCAGGAAGAUAUUUGAUGCUCUAGAGAGCCACCAGCAGGGGAGCUGCAACAUGCCUGUCAUUCACCUGGAAACUGUGACAACAGAGGACUUCCUGGAGGUGAUCGCUCACACCAAACCCUCGGCCAGGAACCUUCUAGACAAAUACACCGCCUGGGAGACUGAGUACGAGUCUGUGUGACACACUCAACAUAGCAAUAUACAGUGCCUUCAGAAAGUAUUCAGACCCCUUGACUUUUUACACAUUUUGUUAUUUUACAACCUUAAUUUAAAAUGUAUUCAAAAUAUAUAUUUUUUACUUUUUAUUUCAUUAUUUAAAUUUUACCCCUUUUCUCCCCAAUUUCGUGGUAUCCAAUUGUUUAGUAGCUACUAUCUUUUCUCAUUGGUACAACUCCCGUACGGGUUCGGGAGAGACGAAAGUUGAAAGUCAUGUGUCCUCCGAUACACAACCUAACCAAGCCGCACUGCUUCUUAACACAGCGGGCGCAUCCAUCCCAGAAGCCAGCCGCACCAAUGUGUCAGAGGAAACACCAUGCACACCCUUUGCUAUGAGGCUCGAAAUUGUGCUCAGGGACAUCCUGUUUUCGUUGACCAUCCUUGAGAUGUUUCUACAACUUGAUUCGAGUCCAUCUGUGAUAAAUUAAAUUGAUUGGACAUGAUUUGGAAAGACACACACCUGUGUAUAUGAGGUCCCACAGUUGACAGUGCAUGUCAGAGUAAAAACCAAGCUAUGACGUCUAAGGAAUUGUCCUUAGAGCUCUGAGACAGGAUUGUGUCAAGAAACAGAUCUGGGAAGUGUACCAAAAAAUGUCUGCAGCAUUGAAGAUCCCCAAGAACACAGCGCCCUCCAUCAUUCUUAAAUGGAAGAAGUUUGGAACCACCAAGACUCUUCCUAGAGCUGGCCGCCCUGCCAAACUGAGCAAUCAGGGGAGAAGGGCCUUGGUCAGGGAGGUGACCAAGAACCCGAUGGUCAUUCUGACAGAGUUCUAGAGUUCCUCUGUGGAGAUGGGACAACCUUCCAGAAGGACAACCAUCUCUGCAGCAUCCCACCAAUUAGGCCUUCAUGGUAGUUGCCACUCCUCAGUAAAAGGCACAUGACAGCCCACUUGGAAUUUGUAAAAAGGCACCUAGACUCUCAGACCAUGAGAAACAAGAUUCUCUGGUCUUAUGAAACCAAUAUUGAACUCCUUAGCCUGAAUGCCAAGUGUCAAGCCUGGAGGAAACCUGACACCAUCUCUACGGUGAAGCAUGGUGGUGGCAUGAGGGUAUGUUUUUCAGUGGCAGGGACUGGGAGACUAGUCAGGAUUGAGAGAAAGAUGAACGGAGCAAAGUACAGAAAGAUAAUUGAGGAAAACCUGGUCCAGAGCACUCAGGACCUCAGACUGGGGUGGGGGUUCACCUUCCAACAGGACUACGACCCUAAUCACACAGCCAAGACAAUCAGGAGUGGCUUCAGGACAAGUCUGAAUGUCCUUGAGUGGUCCAGCCAGAGCCCGUACUCUAACAUCUCUGGAGAGACCUGAAAAUAGCUGUGCAGCGACACUCCCCAUCCAACCUGACAGAGCUUGAGAGGAUCUGCAGAGAAGAAUGGAAGAAACUCCCCAAAUACAGGUGUGCCAAGCUUGUAGCGUCAUACCCAAGAAGAUUCAAGACUGUAAUUGCUGCCAAAGGCGUUUCAACAAAGUACUGAGUAAAGGGUCAGAAUUUCUUUCAUCUAAAAAAAUUGAUUGAUAUAUGAUGAUAUAUAUCAUAUAUCAUAUAUAUAUGAUAUAUGAUAUAUGAUUAUUAUAUAUGAUUGGUCAUAUUGAUUAUAUAUGUAAUUGCUGCCAAAGGCGUUUCAACAAAGUACUGAGUAAAGGGUCAGAAUUUCUUUCAUCUAAAAAAAUUGAUUGAUAUAUGAUUAUUAUAUAUGAUUAUUAUUUUUUCAAAUUUAGAAUAAGGCAGUAACGUGACAAAAUGUGGAAAAGGUCAAGGGGUCUGAAUACUUUCCGAAUGCACUGUACAUAUCUGUAGCAAUGAGCAUCUUAGAUUAGCAAUACAAUGUAAUAGAUCAGUGUGUCUGUACAUAGGGCUUGUCUGAGACAGAACCCAGUGUGUCUGUACAUAGGGCUUGUCUGAGACAGAACCCAGUGUGUCUGUACAUAGGGCUUGUCUGAGACAGAACCCAGUGUGUCUGUACAUAGGGCUUGUCUGAGACAGAACCCAGUGUGUCUGUACAUAGGGCUUGUCUGAGACAGAACCCAGUGUGUCUCUACAUAGGGCUUGUCUGAGACAGAACCCAGUGUGUCUGUACAUAGGGCUUGUCUGAGACAGAACCCAGUGUGUCUGUACAUAGGGCUUGUCUGAGACAGAACCCAGUGUGUCUGUACAUAGGGCUUGUCUGAGACAGAACCCAGUG